AUGGCCUCUUUGAGCAUUGUGCAGUUCACAACCCUGCUCCGGCUGUUCUUCAGUGGGAGGACGGAGCAGACUGUGCUGAUGGAGGUGGACUUUGAAGUGAUGAGGGCGUCUCUGGAGCGCAGUCCGGGGGGGAAUCGCUCCCUAUUUGCUGUGGCCAGGGAGAAGUGCUUGUCCUUGCUGAGGGAGGGGCACUGCGUGGACUUUAUGGGAGCUUUGCUCAGCCUCUCCAACGGGGAGUUUGUCCAGGAGGACUUCGUCACCGACAUCCCCACAAACCUGUCAGACGACAUCUUCCGAAACCUGACUGCAGUGUUUAAGGACCUGUACGACAUAUUCUCAGUCACCACUCAAAGAGCCAUUUACAAGUGGAUAGCACUGGGAUUCCAGAUGACCUCAAAAUCUAUCUCCAAUCCCACCACCUGGAUGACAGCAGAAAACCUGUGGUUUCUGGGGAGAUAUAUGGUUCACCUUCCUGUGCAUCAUAUUCUAAGGAUCAGCCUAAGUGAGAUGCGGAUCUUCAUUCACUAUGACAAUGCCACCAAGCAGCUGGACUGCGUGUAUGACAUCAGACCUGACGCCGGCAAAGCCUUCCUCCACAGGAUUAACGGCUCCGGGUUUGACAUGGCCAAUGUCUCCAUUGCAUACAGGCUGGGACUGCUGGUGUGUUUCUAUGACAACCUCCUUCUGCUGGAUGCCAAUGACGCUCGCAUAUUGCUGCACCAGCUGAUGAAGUGCAACCAGCUACGAGGGAGCCUGACCGAGGUCCAGAAGCUUAAGUCUCAGCUCCUUUCCAUCGUGAUCCGGAACCAGACCCUGAACGAGCUGCUGGGCUCAGUGUCGGACGCAGCCGUGGGCCUGACACCCGGCCAGCUGGAGUCCCUGUCGGCCUCGGCGGUCCGCAGCUCCAUGGCAGUCCUGCAGCAAGUGUCAGGCUGGACACGCAGCCAGACCACCAUACUCGUUAACAAGUACAUGGGGUCCAGCAAGGUAUUAACCUUCAGAAAUAUCAGUGAGCUCGGCUCUCUCAUUUCUGGGGUGGAUGCCAACCUCUUCUACAGCGUCAGCACAGAAGAGCUGGCACAAGCGAUGGAAGCCACACUCCUUCUCCACAUGACACAACUCAGUCCCACACAGCAGCACAUAAUUAUCAGUCAGCAGAUGCUGAGAUCAGAGGAUGUUGAGAUGGUGGCGAGGAAGCUUCCGUGUGAGUUGUUCACUCAGGUGCCCCUCGCCACCCUGCUUCGUGCGCCCAGUCUUUGGGGCAUUUCUGUGGGGGACAAGCAGCUCACAUGCAGCCAGGCUUCCUUCUUAUACAACUUUCUCUCAAGGACGACUCCCACUGCUACCUUGAUAAGCAUGGGGCAGCUGAUGAAAGGCAUCACCUGUCAUGACAUACAAAGGAUGAGUGACGCUUUCCUCGUGCAAAACUUCCAUGACUUUGAAAAGAACUUCCAUCUCCUUUCUCCUUUCCAGAUGACCUGCCUGGCCUGGAGAUAUUUGGAAGUUCCAGAUUCACCCGUCUCACUCAUCCCACCAAUUCUCCUGUCAGUGCUACCGCUGCACUAUUUAAGUGGGAUGCCAGAAUCCUACUGCAAAGACUUCCAGGGUGCUCUGGGGCGGCUGGAUCUCAGCUUAGUGUCUCCAUGUGCUGUAAAGAGAGAGGCCGUCAUCAAGAAGGUGCUGCACUGUCUGAAUGAGGGCAUCCGUGAUGAGUACGCCGUGGACGUGCUUGGCACGCUGCUGUGCCACUUACCCCCCACCGCCCUCCGUGCCCACCUCUCCCUGGCUGCCCUGCCCGCUGCUCUCCAGUACCUCCGGAGGUGUGCCCACCUCACUGCCGACCAGAGGGCUGCAAUCAGAGGAAAGCUGGUGCAGUUGUAUGGUCACCCAGUAGAGUGGAGCACUGAACUUCUCCAGGACCUGGGGCCGCUAGUCACCCUGAUGUCCAGGGAAGAUAUCCUGAUCUUGGGGAAAAAGUAUCCAGAGGAAGUUCUACAUUUGGCAGUGCAGUCUGAGAAAACACAUCUGCCAGAAGACUUUCUUCUUGCUGUUUUUGAGUUGGUGGUUGGACCCAGAGAUACACCAAGCUCUGAGUCUGACUGCAUGUUCGUCAGCGCGCCCUCGGCAGACGAUAUCCGUAAGCUGUCAGAGGCUAACGUCUACUGGUCUGCCAUGGAGCUGCGAUGCAUCAGCCCUGAGACCUUCACAGAGACUGUGGAAUUGCUGGGGUCAGUCAAGGGUUUCGAUCUGCUUCAAAUUAGGGCCCUCAAGUCCCUUGCUGAACAGACCUGGGGUCCUGUGUCCACCUGGAAAAACUACCAUGUGGUUUCUCUGGGUUCCAUUGCUGUGUCCUUAACUGAAGAGGACAUUAAGCAGAUGGAUCUCAGUUCCAUUGAUACUUUGACUGCCCUUAGUCAGCAAAGCAAAUGGACAGUGAAACAGAUGAGCAGCCUGCUCUAUCGCUUUCUGGAGUGUUCUAAUCUCACUCUAGGGGAGCUGCGUGGCUCGGACUUAACUGGGCUCAGCCUAUUUCUAUGUGGAGUGCAGCCCACUCAGGCCCACCUGAUCAACCCUGAAGCCUACAGCAACACAGCUGCACGGAUUGGCUCCCUUCUCUGCCCCCUGCCAGUGCUACGGCAGCUGAAGAGCACAGCCGAAAAAGUGUUUGGGCCAGUCAGGACAUGGAAUAGGUCUGUGCUGCAAGAGGUGGGCGUGGUAGCAGCUGGCAUGAGUACUGAAGAGAUGAAGGAACUAAGCUUAGAUCUAAUGCCCUACUUGCAACCCCAGGCCGUCGCCGCUAUUCCGCCUGAGGGGUUUUCGCAACUCUCUAAGGAGCAACUACAGAGCCUGGGCCCGGGAAAUGCUCUGGCAGUGACAUCAUCGCAGGCUGCUCAGUUGAGUGACGAGCAGCUUCAAGGCCUGCAAGCAGCCAGGGAAGGCUUGAGAGAAGGUCUUUCCAGCCAAGUCCACCCUACUGUCUUUUCCAGUCUUCAGACAGGCACUGUUAGCGCUGGUAUCCAUCUCCAUCUCAACAGCGGCUGGUGGAUUUGGGCCCUCUGUACAUCUUUGCCAGGAAAUUGGCAAAAUUAGUGGCGAUCAAAGGGCAUAUAUUUGUGUCCAGUUACAUGAGACAUUUUACUGUGAGAUUCAGAUGUGGAAAGUAUUAUGUUAGUAUGCUAAAAGAUUGAAUACUGAAAUGCAUUCUCAUUAAUAUAUCAGUAAUUAUAACCGUUAUAGUAUGUACAUACAGCCCAGUAGCAGGAAAACAAGUUUCAUGCUGAUAGUGAGAUGGAUUUUGCUUUUUUCAGUUUUGUCAAUUCUGUAAUUCCAGUCUAAU